ACGAGUGUGAACGGCAAAGUAUAUCCGCGUACACUGAAUUUUGUACUAAUGUGUGAAGGGGAAAACUGAAGAAAGAGAUCAAGUUGAAGAAAUUUUCCUUCAACAACUUUUUAACGAGUAUCCACUUGAUUCGCUCCAAUGAUGGAGGAUCUUACGAAAAAUAUAAUUUUUACAACAAAUGCAAUAGGGGCCAAUGGUCAGCCCACCACAAUUCAAUAUCAAACAGCUGAUGGCACCAUACUGAAGCAGCCAAAAAUAGAGGGGCAGAAGGCCGAGCAGCCAACAUUUUACUACACCACCACAAAUGGAGGCGCUGCAACCACCGUUAAUCUAGCCCAACUAACCACCGAUGACAACAAAACAUGCUACAUUGCACAACCAGUUGGUGGCUACAACUACGCGCUGGUGAAUGGUAUGCAACUUAACCAAGGUGGCACAAUUGGCAUUGCUACUUUGGACGCACAAGGACGUUUGCAGAUUGUUAAUCAGAAUAAACCAAUUGCUGCAUCCUUACAGACCAUUUCACCAAUACAGAACACCAUCUCAAACAUUAGUUUUAAAUGCGAUGUUUGUGGCUUAAUGUUUUCGCAUUUGGCGCUCUUAAAUCAUCAUAAGCGUAUACAUACACAAGAUGGUAGUGAUCAACAGCAACAGCAGCAGCAGGCGCAACCGGAAACUAUUGUGCUGAAUGCACAGGGGUUAGUGCAAACCCAAAAUAUUAUAACAGAAAAUGGGCAAAUGGGGCAGAUACAAAUAGUGGCAACGGAAGCUUUAGAGCCAGCCACAACCGUUUUACAACAGCAGCAACAGCCGCAACAACAACAGCAAACAAAUACUGUUGUUACAGCACAGAAUUCCAGCAAUGAAGUAUCAGUGAACGCGACCAACAUUAGUGGUUUAAAAUCGGUAAAGCUCACACAAUCCAAAUGUAUCACUUGUGGCAAUCAAAUGUUGCAACCUGCCAAGCGCAAAGGUCCAAAAUUGGUGCGUUGCGAGGAUUGCAUACGUUCGGAUCAAGAAAUGUCCGCACAACAAGGUAUUACACCGACACAGAUAUUUGUCUCACAAGAUGGUGAGAUAAAAUGCGAAAUAAAUGAGUUUGUAGCCGGCGGUAGUACGGAUUCUUCGCCAAUGGAUCCGCUUACAGCGCAAGGCGGCAUAUUGACGCAUCAAUUACACCCUGUGCAGGUCGUAUCGGAGAAUUCCCCAGAGUCGCAGCAACAGGACAACCAACAGCAAAAUGCAUCAACGAAACAUGGGCAAACAAGUAGCCAAUCGGGCAAUCACCCAGUGAAGAAACGCAAUCAACAACAGGUGACAAAAUGUCAAAAGUGCAAUGGCUCUGGAGUAGUGUUUGUGGGUACAGGCACGCCGGCCACUAAACAGCAGGCUGUCAAUACGAAAGCAGAAAAUCCCAAACCGUUUACGUGCAAUAUAUGCGGUGGUACCUUCUCGCGUUAUUCGAGCUUGUGGUCCCAUAAGAAGCUUCACAGCGGUGAAAAGAAUUACAAGUGCACCAUUUGUGGUUUGGCUUUUGCUAAAGCAGUUUAUUUGAAAAAUCAUGCAAGGAUACAUACAGGAGAGAAACCGUACAAGUGUGUCAGAACAUGUGGCAUGCAAUUUUCACAAUCACCACAUCUUAAAAACCAUGAACGUACACACAGUGGCGAACGACCAUAUGUGUGUGAGGUGUGCGACAAAGGUUUUGCGCGUCAUGCCACAUUGUGGAAUCAUAGACGUAUACACACUGGCGAAAAGCCCUAUAAGUGUGAAAUUUGUGGCUCGGCGUUUUCGCAAGCAGCACAUUUGAAAAACCACGCUAAAGUGCACUCCGGCGAAAAACCAUUCCGCUGCGAUAUCUGUUCGGCGGCGUUUGCAGAUCGAUUUGCGCUGAAGAGGCAUAGAGGCAUUCACUUGAAAUAUGGUCAAACUGCACCGAGGCAGCCAGCGCAAUCACAGCAACAGUCUACAGAUAGCCAAACUGUAAUGAUACACAAGCAAGAGAUAACCGAAAUGGAUGACGACGCGCAACAUGAAGUCAUCAUAUCUGGUUUAUAGACAAAAGGGGCAACAGCAAAAGUUGCCACAAACGCAAUUAUUGCUGCGCAGAGGUAUCAAUUACAUACGAGCACUACUUCAGCUACCCCUACACUUGCGGCGACAA